AUGGCGAUGUCGUUGCUGGAUGCGCCUCCGCCAGGCUCAGAGCCCACAGGAGUGGAUGUAACGCCCCCCUGUCUUGCGGGAUAUCGUGUCUACAAGGAUCUUAAGAGUAAGAAAAGGUACGACCGUGACUUCCGCCGCCGCAAGCGCAACUUGGCGGUGAUAGAGUCACGCUUUGGUGAUGUAUUGAGGAAGGAAAGCAAAAGACGGCCGAAGUCACCCAAACGGCUCCUCGAUGAGGUGUUCAACCAGCUGGGAUGUAUUCGGCCUCAGUUGGUGGAGUACCUGCGACGUACCCCCGAAGCGCUUGUGACACGCUUGCAGCGUUUCUUCGACAUCCCUGUUUAUUUGAAGUCUGACAACAACGAUGCGGUGGUUGAAUCUGCGUUUCCGGACCUGCACAGCAUCGAAGGUGCUGCGCCGGCACCGGACACCGCAGCGGAGGAAGCCUCUUGCGGAGGAACGACGUCGGUUCCAUGGCCAGUGUCGGACAUUGGUAAGGAAGUGUUGACUUCUUUUCUACACACAUUAUCGCAAAAGUACGAAAUCAUUUCGUCGUUGGAAUCUCAGGUGGCUGAGCUAUCUCGUGAAAACACCGAUCUGUCGCUGAAGCUCUCCAACGCCUAUUCGGAGCUGUUCCAACUCGAACUAGACAAAUCCAGUUCCGAUCAGCGCUAUUUGGAUGCUCUAACCAGUUUGACCGAGAGCCUUUACAUAUCCGCCACCCGGUGCGCAAAUCUGCAGAGGCUAGUGAUUAAACGUGGAAAGCAGUUGUCCGUGCAAGAACGGUCUUUGUUCUUGGCCGAGAACGCUUUGGCACAUCACUGUUCGUUGAACAACACACCGUGUCCUACGUUCAGCAAAACUGGAUCCCAAUUUGAAUACGACGCGUCAUCUCUGGAAAAUCCAGGUUCCACGGCACCGAACAUUGCAAGCUUUACACUUAACGACGUUGAUUGUGCGACAAGCGCCUACGAUUCCGAUCGACAGGGGUCUCUCGACGACGAGGGUAUAAAUUCCGCUGGGUCACAGGCUGGAGGCAAAGCCUCGGCAUCGUCCACUUCGUUCUACGAGUUUGGCAGCGACUUGGAAUAUUCACGUCAAGAAAUACCAUCGCCUAAUGAAGGCGAGCUUAUCAUAGCAGAAUUUGAUGGUGAAAAAGCUGUGAGUGUGUGUCCCCUCCCCGAUGCACCCUCAACCCUGCCGGUACAAACUGCAUCUCCGGAGCCUGGCGCUGUUGAGAACGAUUCCCAUGACGCUGAAGCGGAUGUUAUGCGUGAACUACACCUUGAGAAGAGAUCGGUAGAUGCGGUUACCAGCCUUCCGCGUGAAGUCAGAGAGCAGGUUUCGUCUCCGGCCUUCCCUCCGCUGCUGGGUUCGCCUGCAUUGGAUUCGAUAUCAGUGGCCGGUGUUGUGCGGUCUGAACUUGCAAAUGCCGUGUUGCCUUCGCCUGCUAUAGCCCCCGUUUCUGGUGAUUCUGUAGGUCAAGUUGUGCACGACGACGCCAAAGUACGGGAGUUGAUUUCCGACAUAUCCGUGCUCCAAAAGAAAUCGCAGUCGUAUAUACGCCAUAUACGCGCGCUCAAGCGUGAAAACGAGCGCUUGAAAAGCCGUGCGAGAUUGCCCGACGAUUUGCGGGCAGAGUUGUCGACCGGCAGUGCUGGUCCCCUCGAUUACCGGAUGUCUGGCGAUUUGACGUCGAUAGGUUCAGGCUAUUACGUCCCAUCGAGCUUGGGUCCUUCGCGUGUAUCGCCUGAGGAAGAUACUAAGGUGAAGGAAUUGAAGGCUGAGAUAUCCAUCCUGCAGAAGCAGAUCCAGCGUUCUCAGGAGGCGAAUGAGGACCGUCAGCGGUUGCAGGACCAGCUGGCCGCCGAGGAGCGCCGUAACCGCGAGCUGUAUUCAGAGCUGUCAGUCGCUCGUCGCAAAUUGGUGACGUAUCAUCAUGAGCUUGAGCAAUUGGUGCGAUCGUAUGGCAGUGGGGCGCAGGUUGCGCCUGAUGCCAACCAGUCGAGCACGGUGGUUUCCCAGGACUACGACCGCUCAUCUAAACUCGGUUCCACACUGUCGGAGCUCAAAUCUGUGUUGCUGACACUGAACAGCCGCGUGCAUUCCUACGAAUCGGAUAACGAUGUGCUGCGCUCUGAGCUGGAGCACUUGCGUACCAAGCUCUCGGCUGUUCACGAUGAGGUAGACCACCUUCGCAACCAAAACCAGGCGCUCGCCGCCGACACUCGUGAAGCAGGGUGCCUGGCAUUUGACCGUCUGCUCCACUGUCUGACGGAUGCUCUGGGCAACAUGACUCGCACGUCGCUCGAGGAGUUGGAGACAGCACCCUCAGAGCACGGAACAACCACAUCGUCUCAGCUCGGUUCUGACGAUCUGACUGCAGAGCGCAUCACGAUUCUGGAGUUCGAGAACAAGUUGUACACUGACAAACUGUCAUCGCUGUUGGAUAUUGUUCAUCAAAGUUCGCUGGAGCGUUUCCAGAUGCACACCACCAUAGCCCGUUUGAACAGCGACCUGCACAGCUCGCACCAGCAGCUGCUCAAGUUCUCCAAUCAGUCAUCGGUUUUGCUGCAGACUUCAAACGACCUGGACGCGCUGCGUGCCAAGUGCACUACUUAUGACGACCAAGUCAACCGCUUGAAGCAAAUGAACACCGACCUCAGCGACUUAAACAACCGCCUGGGUGACGAUUUGCAUACAUUGGAGGAGAAGAGCGUCUCUGCUAAUAAUGAGGUGUCGGCACUACGUGAGGAGGUCCGACAGCUCCAAUCGUUGUUGGUCGGCGACACGCAGGCUGCGCAUGACUCGAUACGUGACCGCGUGUCAAUCAUUCGGUUGGAAGGAAGAUGCAAAUUCCUGGAUGAGUCCCUAAACAACGGCCGCGUGGAGCUAGAAUCAUUGCGUAGCAAGAACUCUGACCUUGUGAAGUCGGUGAUGGAGCUCCGCUACGCCCUUGAACAGGAGCGUGCUUCCAACGCUGAAUACCUCAAACAGGUCAACGCAAUGUCAGAGGCUGAAGGGAGGCUUCGGAACCAACUGGAUCGCCAAGAAACUCAGAUUGAAGGUUUGAGGGCGUCGGUGUCAUCCCUCACCGAGUCGCUGCAGCAGAACGCUGCCGACAUGCGUGCCGCAUCAGAGCGUUUGCUUGAGAAGGAACGGACCCAGAGCGCCUUAUCAUCGACAAUCGACUCUUUAGGCUCAUCAUUAAAUUCGUUGCUCUCUUCCGUGCGCGAUGCGAAGCCCAUCGCUCUGGCACCUGCCGACAUGGGUCCCAUCGACCUCUCCUCAAUUCCCAACUUCAACCUUACUGUAUACUAUGGAGUGUUGGACACGAUCCAGAAGAGCACAAUGGACAACCACGAGAUAACGGAUAUAGCUGCCACCGCCAAGGAUGUAUCCCUGGCGCGUGAUAAGGUGUGCAACAUUUUGAAGUGCAACUACCUUUUGAGCGCGCUUGCGGCCGGGCUAUGCCGCCAGAUGCAGGAGUUCAGCGCCUCAAUGAUCACGGCAGCUCGGUCUCAGGACAGCUCGAUUUCGCCACUCGUGAAGUGCUUAGGUGAUAGUGUGAACUUGGAGCUCCUGAGGGCAGAUUUCGCCAAUCGCAUGAGCAAGGCACAUGCGCACGCUAAAGAGCUGAAGUCGGUCAUCCGCCAGCUGUACAAGAACAACCCGGCUGAUGUUAUUAACCGCCUAAAAGACCACUACGAGGACGCUUUGGGCAAGUGCCAGGUUAAGGUAGAGCAGCUGUCUAGCGUCAUCAAGUCGAAGGAAGAGGACCAACUGAAGUUGAAGCAGGAGAAUUCCAAGCUGAUGUCCGACUGCUCAAGCGCCGCACAGGCUCUGAACGAAUUCGACAAGCGUCUGGAGGGGCAAACUCAGGAGCGGUCAUCUCUCUGCGCCUUCGCGUUGUCCAUGUUACCGCCCGCUGCGCAGGCCGAAUGCGAGCAGGACAAUCUACGGGGCAUACUGGCAGCCGUCAGGAACGUGAUAACGAAGCUGACGCCAUAUCGCGAGAAAUACAAAAAGUUGCUCGAGAAUCCGCCGGAGCCCAAGGUGGUCACUGUUACGGUGCCAGCACCUCAACAGCAGCCAAAAGCUGCAACGGUCCCCGUUGCUACGGAUCCAGCUGAGCAACGUGCUGCGAGACCACCUGCCUAUGUCACUGACGAUGGUCACGGUGCAGGCAAUUACAUCCAAAGCAGCGUCAAUCACGGCCCGGGUCACCACAACCCUCUUCGUGACCACGACGUUCGCCGUGCCAUUCCCAACGACGCGCCGCUGCGUCUGGAACGCGCGUUAAAGGAUGUUGAUGCUAAUGUACGGUACUAUGUGAAGAACAUCAAGUCGACGUUGCGCGAUUAUGUGCGCAACCUUGCCACCCAAAACGAUGCGAGCGAAACUGAGUACGAAAGCCCUAGGACACGUUCAGUAGGCCGUUCCGAUGUUACCGUGGGUAAUAUCGGCGACUUCUCGGACACGGAAUCCGAAUCGUCUGAAGUAAUGCUCUCCGACAAACCAGCUCCCGAGGAUAUCGUUCGCAAUCACGCUCGGCAAUUCGAAUCCAUUUGCGAUUUGUUGGACCAAGCUAGGGACGUGCAGUCGCAGGUGAUGGAGCGGCCUCCACGUUUGGUUUAUGUGGACACACCCAAGCAGGCGCCCAUCUGUCCACCGUCGGGGUCCGCCUCCGACAUGGCCGUGAUGCACCAUUUCCACCACCUGUGCGCCGCCUUGAAGGAAUAUGUCGCCGGCCGGCCGAUGGCGCUGAGCAUCGACGACGUGUUCUACCAGAUGGAGCUGGUAAUGCUGGAUCAGGGCGACCGUGACCGUCGCCGGGCUAAGUGGGACCACUGUGUGGGCAACAUGGUCUCCGUCGUUAUAGAUGUGCUGCGUAGCAUAUCGAUUGAUCGCAAGGAGAGUGUCGAGGGGCUACGCCGCAGGUGCAGUGUGGCCUCAGCGGCGCUUGAGGAGGCCCAAGCUUUGUGCCGCCUGCGGGAGGAGGAGCUCCACCGCCGCACCACCGAGCUGAGCGAGGCAUGCAGCCGCCUUGAGGCUAUGGAGCGCCACUGCCGCAACGUCGAGUUGGAGCUGCAAAAGCUCUCUUCCGAGGUUCCUCGCGUCAACGAGCGCGAUCUGCGUGCGCUGGAGUCCUCGCUCGCUCACCGCGAGGAUGACGUCCGGCGCCUUUCUAAGGAGGUGUCGAAGCUCCACUCCGUCGUGUUCGAUCUCGAGGAGGUGAACGAGCUGUUAUCCCAGCAGCUAUCGCGCGCGAAAUCCGACUCCGAGCGCCUGGGAGCGACCGUCGACAAACAGCAGCGCGAGAUUUCGAGUUUGAACAGCGAAUUGGCGCUCCUAGAGUACGUUUAA